AGGAUACAAAAUUUCAUAUUGCUUCUGUUCUCGUCCGCUGCUGAUAUAACAUUGGGAUUCCAAUUAGCCACGGUACUCCUACCGUCUGUUUGCAUAUAUAAAGCAUGAAACUCGGUUUUCUUUGUUGUUCUUUAGAACAAAGCAUUUAUGUCAAACAGGGGGCUCAACCUUUGUGCAUUCUAUUCUCAACAUGGGGUCUGCAGCUUCGGACCAAAGAUCAAAUUCGAUCAGCUGAUGCGAAUGCUUGGCUUGUCAAAAGGGUGAUUUCUCUGGCCAGAUAUCUAAACUUCCAUCCAUUGUAGUCAUAAUAAUAUACCCCCACUAACUCGGAACCCCUCAGCUGAAAAAUGAAGGCGACCUCCUUUGCACCCGAACUCCUCUCAAAAUCCACCAGCCCUAAAAUCAGUGGCAGCAGCCAUGGCCCAUCCCCUUCUCCUCGCAGCAACAACACGAGAAGGAGAUUGCAGGACCUCGUCAAGCAACGAUGCCAACCGCAGAAUCAUCUCGAGACCGAGGAGGCAUUGGUCCUGUUCGAUCAAUUGCUCGAAGCCGAUCCCAAACCGCCGGUUUACUCAUUCAACCUCCUGCUCAAUUCAAUCCUCAGAAAUAUGAAGAAGACCCGCCAUCAGAAAAACCCAGCUCUUGUAAUCUCUCUACACAAUAAGAUGAACCGGGUCGGAGGCAUUUCUCCUGAUGGAUACACCUACGGCGUCCUCAUCGGCUGUUGCAGCAGCAUCAACCGUGUCGAUCUUGGUUUCGGCUUCUUGGGUUCCAUGAUGAAACGAGGCUGGUAUGGCGAUGUCGUAAUUUUCAGCUCUCUCAUCGAUGGUCUCUGUAAGCAGAACAAGGUUGAUGAUGCAGCCCGGCUGCUCGAUAGAAUGCCGCAGUGGGGAUGCAAGCCCAAUGUGGUUACACAUAAUACCAUCAUCAAAGGGCUGUGUAGUCUAGGAAACACGAGCUUAGCAAUUGAGCUCCUUAAGAAGAUGAAGAUAGAAGGAGAAGUGGAGCCUAACGCGGUCACCUACAAUACGAUUAUUGAUGCACAUUGCAAACAAGGGGUGAUGCAUAAUGCGACCAAGGUUUAUGAGGAAAUGAUUUCAUCAGGAAUCACUCCCAAUGUUGUCACCUACAACACAAUUAUCGACGCCUUUUGCAAACAAGGGGCGAUGGAUAAUGCUACCAUUAUUUAUGAGGCGAUGAUUUCUGCAGGAAUCACUCCCAAUGUUGUCACCUACAGCACAAUCAUCGCCGCCCUUUGCAAACGAGGGGCGAUGGAUAAUGCUGCUAAGAUCUAUGAGGAGAUGAUUUCUUCAGGAAUCACUCCUGAUGUUGUCACCUACAAUUGCAUCAUCGGAGGUCAUUCUAUUCGAGGGCAAUGGAAAGAAGCCAUGAGAGUCUUAAAAGAGAUGGUGGAUCGGGGUCUCUCUCCGGAUGUUAUAACCUUCAGCUCCCUGAUGGAUUCACUUUGCAAGCAGGGAAAUACUUGUGAAGCGCACAAACUGCUAAAUAUGAUGGCUGAAAGAGGUGUAAAACCUAAUACAUUUUCGUACAACACUUUGUUAAAUGGCUACUGUAAAGAAGGCCGCUUCGAGGAGGUAUCAAGAAUCCUAGACUCCAUACAAAAGGAUGGUUUAGCUUUCAAUGUUUACACUUACAAUAUCAUGAUUGAUUGCUAUAAGAAGACAAAUAGAAUCGAUGAGGCUAUGCACUUAUUCAGAAAAAUGCAACGGGCAGGAGAGCAGCCCAACAUUGUUUCAUACAGCACAUUGUUGGAUGGGCUUUGUAAGGCUGGAAGAAUGGAAGAUGCGGAGAUUAUACUCCUUGAAAUGGUUGAAAAAGGAGUCAAUCCGGAUGUAAUCACAUAUAACAUUUUGGUGAGUGGAUUUUGCAGACUAGGGAAAUGGGAUGAUACAUUGAGACUACUUUCUGAAAUGAGUGAUCGAGGAUUCCAUCAAAAUGAUGUGACAUACAAUACAGUGAUCGAUGCUCUGUGUAAGGAAGGAAAGGUUAUGGAAGCUCGUAGAUUGUUGAAUGUUAUGGUUCAGAGAGGUGUAGAGCCUAACACGAUUACAUACAGCACUCUUAUGGAUGGAUAUUGUCUAGUAGGUGAAAUGGAUGAAGCAUUGAAGGUUUUCAAUCUCAUGCUUGCAAAAGGUUAUAAACCUACCGCAUUCACGUAUUCAAUUCUGAUCAACUCCUAUUGUAAAUCUGACAGGAUUGACAGGGCUUUAAAGAUCUUCGAGGAGAUGCCUAAAAAGGGACUGAAGCAGACGAAUGUCAUCUACCACACCAUGCUUACAGGAUUAUAUCAAGCUGGAAGAGUCAGUGAUGCAAGAAAAAUGCAUGAUAAGAUGAUUCGUGACAAGGUAGCUCGAGAUAUUAGUACAUACCGUGUAAUCUUGAAUGGGCUAUGUAAAAACAAAUGCAUUGAUGAAGCAAUAGAUUUAUUUCAACGUAUGGUCAGCCAAAAGUAUACCAUCGAUGUUGAGGCCUUCAACAUCAUGAUCAGUGGGAUGUUCAGAGUGGGUAGAACUCAAGCGGCCAAGGAUCUUUUCAGUGAUAUGCUGUCUAAGAAAUUGGUUCCGAAUGUUGUGACAUAUACGAUUAUGAUGCAAGGCCUUAUAAAAAAGGGCUUCUUGAACGAAGCUGAUGAUUUGUUUCUGUCAAUGGGAAAAUGUGGUUGCUCACCAAAUUCUAUUUUGCUUAAUGUGGUUGUUCGGAGUUUGCUCGAGAGAGGUGAUAUAAUAAAAGCCAAGGAGUUUCUACAUAAGAUGGAAGAGCUAAAGUUUCCCCUUGAGGCAUCUACAUUGUCUAUGUUGGUAGAUUUGCACCCAAAGGAUGGACAUUUUCAAAGUUUUCUUAAGUUGCUUCCUGAUUUCUCAAAGUAGCAUGCAGAUUCAAACUUCCGUUCUGCAAGAAGGUUCUGGUUGAUAUUCAGGAAAAUAAUAGUUUGAGAAAGUCGUGACCACCAGAGGUCCCGUUGCCCAAAAUGAGUUUUGCCGCAACACCAGCUUAUACUUGAAAGAAGCCAAAGAAUUCAUGGACUUUACUCGAAAGGUCAUAUCAUUUGAAAUGAAUUUGGUCACACAACAGGCGAAUGUUUGGAAGAAACCAAAAGAUUUGGUCCUCAAUUAGAUUUUUCUCGAAAGCUAGGAAUAUCCUGUAAGCAAGUGGGGAGGUCUGCUGAAGCUCACAUACAAAACCAAAAUCACUAUCUUUAUGACAAAAAACUAGUAUUUAAUGCGCAAGACAAUUAUCUGCAACAAAAGUGUCCCCAAAUGGGCAACUGAUGCUGAUAUUGAUAACACUACCGCAGCGACAAUAUGCGAACAAAAACUGCUGACUGCAUCACAUAUCUUUAUCCACCCCAAGUGUACAUUUCCAUGUUCGAUCAUUAUGGUGGUUGUGAUCGCUGCUCCAUUGGUAGAGAAGAGAAGAAUCAAAAAGGGAUUGUCGGAGAUGGUGAGGGCCAACUCGAGGUUCUUUGAGAUGUCUUUGAUAAGAAAGGUUACUGCAAGCGAGGAAGCUGAGUAAACGAAUAUGAGCACGUUUGUUAUUAUGAAGUAUCUGCAAUUUUUCAGAAAGGAAAAUUAGUAAUCAGUAUAUUUCUUUUUCUUCUUGGACGUCAUCAAUGGAUAAGCUCUCAUUGAGUAUAUUUGGUAAUUGUAAUAGACAUAUACUGCAGGAGUCAAUCUGGAUUUUACAGUAUAUACUUAUUAAAAGUAAUUGUAUACUUGUUAA